UUCUCAACCCCUUUCUUAAAUCUCAGAACCAUCACUCACACACACAGCAUCGUCAUCAUCAUCAUAUCACAACUCAAACAGGAGAGAGAAAGUGAAAAAAAGAAACUUUUUUAGAGAGAGAAAGAGAGGGUAGCCCUAGAAAAAUAUGCAACCAGAUAAGGACUUUUGCAGCUGAGACACUGCUGCAGAAGAGUUAGAGAGAGAGAGACUUAGUUUACUUUUCCUUUUCAAUUUUCAAGAUUUAUUUUUUAUUUGUUUUAAGUUUUUUUUUUUCAUUGUUGAUAAGUAUUUUGCUUCAUUGCACUGACACCCUGUUUCUCUCACCUCUUUUUUUCUCUGUGCAACUCUGCCACCACACUCUUCAUUUCCCAAGAGUGGAACUGUGAAUGUGCACCACAGCUUUUUGAUCCUGUUGUUAAAAUAGCUAGGUGAUAAUUUUCGGUGUAUUGAAUAUUGGGGUGAAAGUUUCUUGUGAAAGAUUCUGAAGGCAAUUGAAGUAAAUGCAUGGAUCGUGGGGACCAAAUGGCGUUAUCCGGGUCUUACUAUAUGCAGCAAAGGGGAAUUCCUGGAUCUGGAGCACAACCCGAGUUGCAUAUGUCACCUAAUAUUCGACCACUCUCCAAUCCGAAUCUACCAUUUCAAUCCAGCAUUGGUGGUGGUUCCAUUGGAUCCACAUUGCCAUUAGAGUCUUCUUCAAUUUCAGCUCAUGGAGUCAAUAUGGGAGCUCCUCCCGGGGCACCUCCAGGGGAGCCUGUUAAAAGGAAGAGAGGAAGGCCUAGGAAAUAUGGCACUGAUGGAACUGUGUCAUUGGCAUUGACUCCAACUCCAACAUCAUCUGGUCACCCUGGAUCCUUGGGACAGAGCCAGAAACGUGGCAGAGGCCGACCACCUGGUACUGGGAAAAAACAGCAGUUGGCUUCUCUUGGUGAAUUGAUGUCUGGUUCAGCUGGGAUGGGAUUCACUCCUCAUAUCAUCAACAUUGCAAGUGGAGAAGACAUUGCAACAAAAAUCAUGGCAUUUUCUCAGCAGGGACCUAGAGCUGUUUGUAUUUUGUCAGCCAAUGGCGCUGUGUCAACUGUCACACUUCGACAGCCAUCAACUUCAGGCGGCACUGUCACAUACGAGGGGCGCUUCGAGAUAGUGUGCCUUUCAGGCUCUUACUUAGUCACUGAUAGUGGUGGCUCACGCAAUCGAACUGGUGGACUGAGUGUGUCCCUUGCUAGUCCUGAUGGUCGUGUCAUUGGUGGAGGAGUUGGUGGAGUUCUUAUUGCAUCAAGUCCUGUUCAGGUGGUAGUUGGGAGUUUUCAAUGGGGUGGAUCAAAGACAAAGAACAAGAAGAAGGAAAGCGCGGAAGUUGCAGAAGUUGCUAUGGAGUCAGAUCAUCAGGGAGUUCAUAAUCCAGUGGCACUGAACAGCAUCUCACCAAAUCAAAAUCUUUCUCCAAACCCUUCAUCUUUGAGUCCUUGGUCUCAAUCGCGACCGUUGGAUAUGCGUAAUUCCCAUGUGGACAUUGACUUGAUGCGUGGGUGACAUUUCAUUCAAUACACACUAGUGCUGUGUAUAUAUAUUUCAGAUUGGUCACUCAUCUAAUUUUGUUGUAGUAGUAAUGACAGAGUGGGAAAGUACCAACAACAGAGUAGAGCCAGCUGACUUUUGCAAUUGAUAAAUCUCACCUAUCCCUACACCCAUGAUUGUUGACUUGGGGUUGUACUCAUAUUUUUGUAGCUGUGAGGAAUUUCAAUUUGAAGAUUGUAUGUUCUUGAUUGGUAAGAUACAAUUUAUGUCCUAUUUGGAAAAAUAAUUGACAUUGGGGUAGAUGUUUUAUGUGGUUUA